AUGGGAACUGAAAAGAACGUAGAAGGCACCGCGUUCGCUGGCUCUUUCAGUGAUGUUACAACACAAGAGCCGUCUGAGAAUAUCGAAUCAACAGGCAAAACAGCAACAUACAAGAUUUCCGAAAAAAACUCUACUGAACAAACGCAGACGCCAUCUUCCACAUCGACACAAAGUAAUGUUGGACCCGAAGCGUCAACGGAAUUGCCAUUCAGCACAACAACAAUGGCAACUGAAAAGAACGUAGAAGGCACCGCGUCCGCUGGCUCUUUCAGUGAUGUUACAACACAAGAGCCGUCUGAGAAUAUCGAAUCAACAGGCAAAACAGCAACAUACAAGAUUUCCGAAAUAAACUCUACUGAACAAACGCAGACGCCAUCUUCCACAUCGACACAAAGUAAUGUUGGACCCGAAGCGUCAACGGAACUGCCAUUCAGCACUACAACAAUGGCAACUGAAAGGAACGUAGAUGUCACAACGUCUGCUAGCUCUUUCAGUGAUGUUACAACACAAGAGCCGUCUGAGAAUAUCGAAUCAACAGACAAAACAAUAACAGAAAAUAUUUCCGAAAUAAACGCUACUGAACAAACGCAUUCGGCAUCUUCCACAUCGACACAAAGUAAUGUUAGACAUGAAGCGUCAACGGAAUUGCCAUUCAGCACAACAACAAUGGCAACUGAAAGGAACGUAGACGUCAUGACGUCCGCGAGCUCUUUCAGUGAUGUAACAACACAAGAGCCGUCUGAACAUAUCGAAUCGACAGACACAACAGACAAGAUUUCCGAAACAAACGCUUUUGAUCAAACGCAGUGGCCAUCUUCCACAUCGACACAAAGUAAUAUGAGAACUGAAGCGUCAACGGAAUCGCCAUUUACAACUACAACAAAUACAACUGAUAAGAACGUAGAUAUCACCACGUCUGCUAGCUCUGUUAGUGAUGUUACAACGCAACACACGUCUGACAAUAUUGAAUCCACAGCUACAACAACAGAUAAGAUUUUCGAAAUAAACGCUACGGAACAAACGCAGUCAGCAUCUUCCAAAUCGACACAAAGUCAUGUUAGAUCUGAAGCGUCAACUGAACUACCAUUCAGCACAACAACAAUGGCAACUGAAAGUGAUAUAGACGUCACGACUUCCGCGAGCACUUUCAAUGAUGUAACAACACAAGAGCCGUCUGAGAAUAUCGAAUCAACAGACAAAACAGCAAUAGACAAGAUUUCCGACAUAAACUCUACUGAACAAACGCAGUCCGCAUAUUCCACAUCAACACCAAGUAAUGUUACACCCGAAGUGUCAACGGAAUUGCCAUUUAGCACAACAACAAUUGCAACUGAAAGGAACCAAGAUGUCACAUCGUCUGCUAGCUCUAUCAGUGAUGUAACAACACAAAACCCGUCUGAGAAUAUUGAAUCGACAAACAAAACAACAACAGACAAGAAUUCCGAAAUAAACGAUACUGAACACACGCAGUCGGCAUCUUCCACAUCGACACAAAGUCAUGUUAAAUCUGAAACGUCAACUGAACUGCCAUUCAGCACUACAACAAUUGCAACUGAAAAUAACGUAGAUGUCACAACGUCUGCUAGCUCUUUCAGUGAUGUAACAACACGACACUCGUCUGAGAAUAUUGAAUCGACAAACAAAACAACAACAGACAAGAAUUCCGAAAUAAACGAUACUGAACACACGCAGUCGGCAUCUUCCACAUCGACACAAAGUAAAGUUGGACCCGAAGCGUUUACGGGAUUGCCAUUCAGCACAACAACAAUGGGAACUGAAAGAAUCGUAGACGUCACCACGUCUGCUAGCUCUGUUAGUGAUGUUACAACGCAACAGACGUCUGACAAUAUUGAAUCCACAGCUACAACAACAGAUAAGAUUUUCGAAAUAAACGCUACGGAACAAACGCAGUCAGCAUUUUCCACAUCGACACAAAGUCAUGUUAAAUCUGAAACGUCAACUGAACUGCCAUUCAGCACUACAACAAUUGCAACUGAAAAUAACGUAGAUGUCACAACGUCUGCUAGCUCUUUCAGUGAUGUAACAACACGACACUCGUCUGAGAAUAUUGAAUCGACAAACAAAACAACAACAGACAAGAAUUCCGAAGUAAACGAUACUGAACACACGCAGUCGGCAUCUUCCACAUCGACACAAAGUAAUGUUGUACCCGAAGCGUUUACGGAAUUGCCAUUCAGCACAACAACAAUGGGAACUGAAAGAAACGUAGACGUCACCACGUCUGCUAGCUCUGUUAGUGAUGUUACAACGCAACAGACGUCUGACAAUAUUGAAUCCACAGCUACAACAACAGAUAAGAUUUUCGAAAUAAACGCUACGGAACAAACGCAGUCAGCAUUUUCCACAUCGACACAAAGUCAUGUUAAAUCUGAAACGUCAACUGAACUGCCAUUCAGCACUACAACAAUUGCAACUGAAAAUAACGUAGAUGUCACAACGUCUGCUAGCUCUUUCAGUGAUGUAACAACACGACACUCGUCUGAGAAUAUAGAAUCGACAAACAAAACAACAACAGACAAGAUUUCCGAAAUAAACGCCACUGAACAAACGCAGUCGGCAUAUUUCACAUCGACACAAAGUAAUGUUGUACCCGAAGCGUUAACGGAAUUGCCAUUCAGCACAACAACAAUGGCAACUGAAAGGAACGUAGACGUCACAACGUCCGCGAGUUCUUUCAGUGAUGUAACAACACAAGAGCCGUCUGAUAAUAAAGAAACAACAGACGAAACAACAACAGACAAGAUUUCCGAAAUAAACGCUACUGAACAAACGCAAGUCGCCAUCUUCCACAUCGACACAAAUAAAUCUUGGACCCGAAGCGACAACGGAAUGGCUAUUCAGCACAACAACAAUGGCAACUGA